AUGUCUGUUGCCGGUGCCGAACAAACAUUUAAUGGAAAGUACAGUUCGUAUACAGCCCAAGAUCGCCAAGGGCUCGUUAACGCAGUGACGUGUGUCCUUAGCACGUCAAGCGAAUCGGUGGCUGUUACAACCGACUAUUCCAAUAGCUUGAGCAUUGCCAGAGAGGUCAACGCGUACGCCAAGAUUGCUGGAUGUGAUUGGACCUACUAUGUGCAGAAACUAGAAGUUACCAUUGGCAGGAACACGGACAAUUUGAGCCUGAACAACGUUUCAGGCGCGGUUGCUAAGAAGAAUAUAGACAUUGACCUGGGCCCUGCCAAAAUUGUAUCCAGAAAGCACGCUGCCAUCAGGUUCAACUUGGAAAGCGGAUCGUGGGAAUUACAGAUAUUCGGGAGAAAUGGUGCCAAGGUCAACUUUAGAAGGAUUGCCACAGGUCCAGACUCUGCUCCCACGGUACUACAAUCAGGUUGCAUUAUAGAUAUCGGUGGUGUCCAGAUGAUCUUUAUACUGCCGGAACAAGAGACUAUUGUAUCGGAUUAUUGUCUGAAUCAUCUCAUGCCCAAAUUGCUAUCCACGUAUGGCACUAAUGGCAACAACAAUCCCUUACUGCGCAAUAUCAUCGAGGGCUCCACUUAUUUGAGGGAACAAAGAUUACAAGAGGAGGCUCGAUUACAAAAACUAGACCACUUGCACACUCCCUUAUCGUCAUCGUCGGAGGUAAACGCAUUAGGCGAUCCUCAUGGAGACACGAUUAUGAUGGAGGAAGAAGAUGAUGACGAAAACUAUGCAAAAGGGGGGAUCAGACCAAGUUCUUACACAUCCAGUAACAGCAAUGCCAUUAACAACAAUACUUUGCCCCAUGUAGAAAACCCAUCCGACUUGUCACUGGAUGAAAAUAGAUACAUCAAACCUCCACAGUCUUAUGCAUCCAUGAUCACCCAAGCCAUUCUCUCAACACCCGAUGGUAGUAUAUCGUUGGCUGAUAUUUACAAAUUUAUCUCUGACAACUACGCAUUUUACAGGUUUUCUCAAAUGGCAUGGCAAAACUCUGUGAGACACAACCUGUCUUUAAAUAAAGCCUUCGAAAAGGUGCCCAAGAGAGCUGGUCAACAGGGUAAAGGGAUGAAUUGGAAAAUCAGUGAUGAGAUCAGACGUGACUUCUUGAACAAGUGGAAUGCUGGUAAAUUAAGUAAGAUUAGGCGCGGUGCUUCAGUAACAAGACAGCUCCAAUUACACAUGUCCAAAUUUGGAGAAAUACCGGCCCCCGAAUCUACAUCCAUAGAUACAAGGGAUAUAAAGGCUCAAAAGGUGAAGAAGUCUUCACAAGUCAUCAGCCCCAUUUUGCGAGAGAGCGCCCCACAGUUCCAAAAAACUCAAUUAACUGGCCACAUGCCCGCCACGACAUCGAUGAAUGCAGCAACAAACGCAAAGGUGAAUGAACAAUGGUCAUCUCUAAGUUAA